GUGUGGGAUGAAGACGUAGAGGGAGCGUUUAUAGUUGACAUGUACUGUAUUGCAACUCCAACUGUUAGUGCACUGCUGUCACUUUAAAUAUAUUUUAAAAGAUAUUUUCAACUUGAAUAAUCCUAAAAAAUCCCUGGUAUGUCGGGCGCGACGUUCCCCAACAGCCACACCACGGCCGUGGCACCGCCGGCGUCAGCGCCCGAGCGUCGUAUCUACGUCAACACAGGCUACCUGCGCUCCCUGCACGGUCUACUUAAGAUCGCACACAUGGUGCUGAGCAUCAUUCUGUUCAUCUGCGCGAUGAUGUCCAGGUUCGUGUACCACGCUCGCUCCAACUACCUCGCGUUCGUCGCCAUGACAGGCUUCUGGUCCUCGGCUAUACUGCUCUUCUUGUACGUCAUCAACGUCGUCACCUACCUCACCAUCGUGCCGUGGGUCCGCGUGGAGCUUUUCUACACAGCACUCAUGGCUUUCUUCGCCUUCGUUGCUGGCUGCGUGGCCGCUGAUGGUGCGGCCAAUGGGUUCGACGCACCCUACGGAGCUGCCGCAUUCUUCGGGUUUGCGCUGAUGCUGGUGUACGCGGCGAACGCCUUCAUCCUCUUCCGGCUGAUGAGGGACGGCGUGCGACUUGUGACCACUGAGACCACCACCGUCACUACCACCGUGCCUAAAUAGCUACCAUCACAACCACC